AUGAUCUUGGGUGUUCCUCUACAACAUUGUGUCCCUUUCAACUCCGAUAUACCUCCUCCAGAGCAUAAGGAUAUUGCUAAGUCUCUUCAUCUGGAAGUGUUUGUUGUAAAGGAAAAUCUCUCUUCUAAGGGAGGUUUAUCUGGUUUCCAUCUGGAUAUUUUGGUAGACAAAGCCGAAGAGUGUGCUGCUCAAGGCAAUUGGGAGGCUUUGUGUGCUCUGUUAGCGUUAAGUGUCUAUGGUAUUAUGCUAUUCGCCGAUGAACCGAAAUUCGUGAGUAUGAGUGCUAUUCAUAUCUUUCUGCUAAAGAACCCGGUUCCCACCCUUCUUGGUGAUUUCUAUUUUUCGGUGCACAAUAAGAAUGAUAAGAGACGAGGGAGAUUGGUCAGAUGUUGCGCUCCAUUGUUCCAUAAGUGGCUCGUGGGGCACUUUCCAAAUGACGAUGCUUUUCUGAACCCGCAUCAAGCCAAGAAUUGGGCUAGAAGGUUGGUUGUCUUGACUGCUAAAGACAUCAGAUGGUGUAAUCAGAAUACCAAAGGUGGCGAUUUUGUGGUUAGCUGUGGGAAAUACCCUAACGUACCAUUGUUGGGUAUGAAGGGUUGUAUCAACUAUAACCCGAUUCUUUUGAGAAGACAAUUAGGGUAUGCCUUGACUCACGCUCCUAAGGAUCAAGAUCUGGUGGAAUCUUUCUACUUCCCACUGCAAGAUAAUCUAGAACUGGUUAAGCAAGCAGCUGGAGCUUGGAGGAAUAUUCAGACUAAAGGUGCUACUGUCUAUGGAAAAUGUAACAACAUCUCUUCUUCCCAGUAUGAUAGUUGGUUGCGAGAAAGAGUUCGGAUUACUCUUCUACCUUUCUCUAUGGGAGAACCAUCUGAUCCGAUUAUUGUUGAGUUUGUCAGCAUGGUAGAGUACAACAGUUUGAAGAAAACUUUGUGCGCUAAGAAAGAAGCUGAGAGAGAAGUUCAAAGAUUGAAUGAGCUUCAAAAACAAAGCAAUGAGAGGAUUGCUGAAGAUGCUGAUUAUAUCCGUAAAGUCUGUUCAGGUGAAGAUACACUGAAGAAAGCUUGCAAGGCUGCUAAGGAGCAGUUAGGAAGAGCUGAAUAUAGGCUUGUUGAGCGCCAGCAAAGGUGGGAAGAAUUGUUUGAUCGCCGGAGACAGGUUGAGAUAGAAAUUAGAGAAGAAAAUGAGCAGUUGAAGAGGAAGGAGAACGAGCAACAUGAAGCACUUCGAUUGGCUGAACAAGAGAUCGUCGAACUAAAGAUUUGA